AUGGAGCGAUAUAGACACCUGCUCGACUCCGAUCUCCCCUUAUCUUCCCACCCCAAAUACCUUCCCACUCGUUUUGUUGGAACCACCUUGCCGUCACCUCUCCCUCACUCCCGGCCGUCACCUCACCUCACCCCCCACCGUCGCCUCUCCCUCCCUCCCCGCCGUCGCUCUCCCUUCCUCCUCCUCAUCGCCUCUCCCUCCCUUCACGCCGUCGCCUUUGGGGAGAGAGGGAGUGUGAGGCAGUGUGUGCGCACGGGAGCGAGCACGCAGGCGCAUAACGCGUUGGCGCCUAACGGGCUGGCGCCUAGCGCGCUGGCGCCUAACGCGCAGGCGCCUAGAGCGCUGGCGCCUAACGCGCUAGCGCCUAGCGCGCUGGCGCUUGCUGCGCUGGCGCCUAGAGCGCUGGCGCCUAGCGCGUUGGCGCAUAGCGCGCUGGUUCCUAGCGCGCUGACGCCUAAUGCACAGGCGCCUAGAGCGCUGGCGCCUAACGCGCUGGUGCCAAACGCGCUGGCGCCUAACGCGCUAGCGCCUAGCGCGCUGGCGCUUGGUGCGCUGGCGCCUAACGCGCUGGCGCCAAACGCGCUGGCGCCUAGCGCGCUAGCGCUUAACACGCUAGCGCCUAGCGCGCUGGCGCUUGCUGCGCUGGCGCCUAACGCGCUGGCGCCAAACGCGCUGGCGCCUAGCGCGCUGGCGCAUAGCCCGCUGGUGCCUAACGCGCCGGCGCCUAGCGCGCUGGCGCCUAAUGCGCACGCGCCUAGCGCGUUGGCGCCUAACGCGCUGGCGUCUUACGCGCUGGCACCUAACGCGCUGGCGCCUAAUGCGCUGGCGCCUUACGCACUGGCGCCUAACGCGUUGGCGCCUUACGCGCUGGCGCCUUACGUUUGGCGCCCUGCAGGUGCCCUCGCAUCGCGCUGGCACCUUGUAGCGUGCUGGCGGCUUGUGCGCUGCUGCCUUGUUUGCGGCGCUGGCAAAUUCCUGCGGUAG